AUGGGAAGACACAUCAUUCGUGAGCAAUCACCAGAGGAUCCUGAGAAGCGGAGCAGAUUAUGGUCUCAUGAUGAUGUUCUAGAUGUGUUAAGAAAUUGCACGGGAACAAUAGCGAUUAAGGGAUUGGCUUUAAACAUGUCAGCAAAUAGUUCAAGAUCAUUGGGUGCCAAAGCAUUUGAGAACAUGAAGAAGCUUCGUUUGCUCCAACUUGAUCAUGUACAACUUGUUGGAGACUUUGAUUAUUUAUCAAAGGACUUAAGAAGCCCUGAAGUAUUAGAAGCAAGACCAAGCACAUCUCAAGAUUUAUGUGGAACUCAAGGGUUAAUUGGUUUUCAAGAGAAAUCUCACAUGGAAAGGUUAGAGCCAUUGAGUUCUUUAACUAUUCAUUUAGGCGGAUUCAACAAAGUUAUGGAUGCACUUUUAAACAGUAUUUCACAGGGAUGGAGUGACGGAGGGUUUGACUAUUCUCAGCUUCCUCAAGAUAAUUAUCCUGAUUGGCUAUGUUUUGAGAGUGAAGGAUCUUCUGCAUCAUUUAAAAUGCCUCGAGUUGUUGGUCGUUUGAUGGGAAUGGUAAUCUAUAUUAUCUAUUCAUCUUCUCAAGAUAGCAUGGCAUCUGUAUAUCCUGUUGGCUUCAUGAUAAAGAAUUUCACAAAGGGUACUAUGGAUUUUUACAAGCGAGAUGAUGCAACGACUUCUACUGAUGAUGACUGGCACAAAAUAACACUUAAUCUAGAGCCUGAUGAUGACCUGGAAAUUAUAGUCAAUUUUGCCCAAAAGCAUAUUGUGAAGAAGACUUUAAUCUAUCUGGUAUACAAUGAAGGAACUAAACUAAGUAUCACUCCAUCAUGUGAAAGCAUUGGCAAGGAGAUACGUUUGUAA